AGAAAGUUCACUUGCAUUUGAUUCCGCCGGUCUGUGUGACAUAACUUGGGAGAUAACGAGAAGCCUGCCGUUUAUCUCAAAACUCGUGUAUUUUUCUUUAAGGAAGAGAUAGGCCUACGAACAACGUUGCUGCAACGUUCUUUGCAAAUACGCAAUUAGAUUAUUCAAGAGCAGCCCGACCAGUCUUCUUGUUUUGCAUGAGGAUAACGAGACGUUUUCCGUCGCACGCUAUGAUUGAAGAUCACUUUUAACGAAAAACGUCAGCGUAUUUGUAUUAAUCGAAAACAAAAUCCAAGGGAAAAUAAACGAUUUCUUGGAUACCUCUACGUCUUUUAUCUUCAAUGUUGCGAUUAAACUAUUUUGUUUUGUUUUUGACAUAGCUUCUUUGUCAAUAGAUAGUUGUUGUUUUUUAUCGUAGAGUAAACACUUGAUAUAAUGUUUGACUAUAUGGAUUUUCUGGCAGUCGGCCCGGGAGAAAAUCUGGAUUUUUAUACCAGUCCGUGUUAUCAGCCAAAUGAGGAGCAGUCUUUUGCAAAUUGCUUCGUUGAUUUCACGGGACCCGACUGGCAAGUGCAUCGGACUUGUUCCACGGAAUUUUCUCUCAGUCAGUCUUAUGAAGAGCAGGAGAGCUCGUACCAUGGUGAGAGCCAGAGCUCCAGCUCCAGCUCGGACGACGUGCUCACUAGCCCCGCCUCUCCUCUGGCCCCGCCCCCUCGCACCUACAAGCCCUGCUUCGUGUGCCAGGACACGUCAUCCGGCUACCAUUACGGCGUCAGUGCCUGUGAGGGCUGCAAGGGCUUCUUUCGACGUAGCGUCCAGAAGAACAUGGCAUACAAGUGUCACAAGGACAGGAAGUGUAUGGUCAACAAGAUCACCAGGAACCGCUGUCAGUACUGUCGGCUGCACAAGUGCUUCGCUGUGGGCAUGUCAAGGGAAUCGGUGAGGAAUGACCGCAACAAGAAGAAGGAGCGCACGGCGGCAGUGAAGAUGGCGGUGCUGGAGACCUACGAGCUGAGCACAGAGCUGGGCCUGGUGGUGGAGAAGAUAUGCCGGGCCCACAGGGACACCUUCCCCGCCCUCGGCCAGCUGGGAAAGUACACCAUGCAUUCGAGCUCCGACCACAGGGUCCGGCUGGACCUUGGGCUCUGGGAUAAGUUCAGCGAACUGGCCACCAAGUGCAUCAUUAAGGUGGUGGAGUUCGCCAAGCGAGUGCCAGGCUUCACAGGCUUGACCAUGGCCGACCAGAUCACUUUGCUGAAAACUGCCUGCCUUGACAUCCUGAUCCUGAGGAUCUGCACGCGCUACACACCGGACCAGGACACCAUGACCUUCUCCGACGGCCUCACCCUCACCCGGACCCAGGUCCACAACGCUGGCUUCGGUCCGCUUACCGAUCAGGUGUUCACGUUUGCCGGCCAGCUGCUGCCCCUGGAGAUGGACGAGACGGAGAGCGGGCUCCUCAGCGCCAUCUGCCUGGUGUCCGGAGACCGCCAGGACCUGGAGGAGCCCUCCAAGGUGGAGGUGCUGCAGGAGCCCCUGCUGGAGGCCCUGAAGGUCUAUUCCCGCCAGCGCCGGCCCAGCAUGCCCCUGGUGUUCCCCAAGGCCCUCAUGAAGAUCGCUGAUCUGCGCUGCAUCAGUGCCAAAGGUGCCGAGCGUGUAGUCACAUUGAAGACGGAGAUCCCCAUCUCAAUGCCCCCGCUGAUCCAGGAGAUGUUGGAGGACCUGAAGGACCUGGAGAAGCCCAAGAGGAAGUCCUCCUCUGGAGAGGGGAACCCCAAGAGGAUCCUGUCUGGAGAGGAUUACGCCAAGGCGAGCCCGCCUGGAGAGGAUUACGCCAAGGGGAACCCUUCUGGAGAGGGGAACCCCAAGAGGAAUCUGUCUGGAGAGGGGAAACCCAAGAGGAACCUGUUUGGAGCGGGGAACAUGUCUGGAGAGGGGAACCCCUCUGGAGCAGAGUAUCCCAAGAAGAACCUGUCUGGAGCGGAGUACCCCAAAGGGAACCCUUCUGGAGGGGAGUACCCCAAGAGGAACCUGUCUGGAGCGGAGAACCGCUGGAGUGGAGUGCCACACAUCGGCUCUGUCCCACAGCCCAUGUGUUUCUUCACUCAACCUCUAGACUCCUGCUUCUAUGUCUGAAGGCAGCGUACUAUUAACAGAUGCCAUGACUGGUAUACACUCUUGGAGAGGCCUGGGGAAUAUUGUACUAUGGGCCAAUGCAGAUGCCUGCCACCACCUUCACACACUUUUCCCUCCCCUUGCCUGCUGUGGUUGAAUUUAACACUCAUUUUAAUAUGUAAUGUGUGGAAUGGCAAUAUACAGGCUCAAUAUAAAUUGAAAGCUCCACUUCGUGGCAGGGUGUUUAAACAUAUAACCUCAGACAUAUUAAAGCUGAGCACAAAGUAGUCAAUGCAUAAUGAGCUUUCAGCAAAGCAAAGGGCGCUAGGGUGGGAAUCGGAAUGAAGCCAUCCAACUACAGAGUUCUUUAAUUCAUUAAGCUUGGAUCACAGUUUAGAAACAAAGAAAUGCCCGUCUUUAGAUCACGUCAGUUCUAGAAUGUGAAACGAACCUGGGCUGUGUGCCACGCCAAGGCAAGCCUCAGCGCAAGGUUGGACGUCUCAACUCUAUAGGAUAACAUUGGUACGAUGAGGCUGAAAGCUCGUCAUGUGUAGGUUCCUUAAGGGCGUGUCGUGAGUGGAUGGCAUGUUAUGAGGGGAUAUAUUCUUAGACAUAUCUGCCCUUCAUCAGAUUACCACUGCAAUAAACAGCAUUGCCCCUGUGGGCAUACGGGUGUCGGGGCCCCUUUUCUAGGUUUGAAAAGCCAGUGAGGAUUGGAAAUCCAAGAGGGAUAUCACAGACAAGAAGAGGAAAGACGGUUGUCUUUUGAACAGUGUAAAACCCUUAUAGUCAGUCAGUGGCAGCCCAUGAUUAUAUAGUUUGUGUUCUACAUUAUAUAUAUAUAUAUAUAUCACAA